AUGACCAAAGUCAAAGCCCAACUCCCGUUGCUACAUCAAACUUCUUCCUCCACCGAAGCGCGCCGUUUGUUAACCACGACUUCCAGAGAAGAAGCGAGCAAGCUGCCCAGUCCGUACCAAGCGGAUGGGAUAUUCCAGAAAGGGUCUUUCCUCAAAGAGUUUCAAGACCGUUACGAAAAUCUAGAGAAUGCUGAGGUUUCCGAGAGGCUUCUACGGUUUUGGUGGGAAGGGGAAAGGCUAAGGCCGACAUCGGAAUCUGAUACGAAAACGGUGAAUGAAAUUCUUGAGGAAUUUGUGGAGCGUGGAUUCAUCGAGCCUGUUUAUAAGAGAAGCGGGUCCAAGGGUAGCUGCUAUAAGAUGCAUCCCAUUGUUCGUUGUCUCAUCGUUAGGCAUGCUAAGGACGCCAACUUCUUUUAUUACGACUCUAAGGGAUACCCCAACAUGGAGUUUUUCAAAAGCAAAAAGAUAUGCUUGGUGAAAUCUGAAGGACCUUCUUGGUGGUCCAAGGAUGUUCUUGCAUUUACAAAGGCAGGUGAACAGGCACAGGCACAACCACAGGCACAGGCACAACCACAGGCACAGGAACAACCACAGGCACAGCAAGGGAAGGAUAAGAAGCAGGCAGAGGACGAGACGAAGACGAAAAAGAAAAAUAAGCAGAAGCAGAAAUUAGAGGAGCAAGAACGAAAAGAAAAGGACAAGAAGAGAAAAGAGGAUGAGAAGCAAGAACGAAAAGAAAAGGACAAGAGAAAAGAGGAUAAGAACCAAGAACGAAAAGAAAUGGAGAAGAAGAUAAACGAGGAUGAGAACCAAGAACGAAAAUUUCACCAAAGGUAA